AUCCCCAUAGGGGCGGUUAAUAUAUCGUUCCACUGCGGAAACUGCCCUUGGAAUAUAAGCAAUGGUAACCCGUCCACUGGGUGGUAUGUAGCAUCAAGGUUAAGGGUGGAAGAAACCCGGCUGGGUUUGGAUAUAAAUGCACUCUCAGACCACACGAGAAAAACUGCUACUCGAAUCCCAAUCUUCAACCGGGAAUAUUGGUGGUGGCCAGCUCAAAACAUUAGUAUGGACGUUGGAACACUUUAUACUGUGACGUACAGCAAGAAGUUCGGCGCCAGCGGGUUAAAUGUGCUCUGGUCAGGGAGUGCCCAAGAAAUGUAUGCUCCCUACGGGUGCUCACGAUGGUACUUCACCUUCAACGAUAGCGAAUGUAGCAACCCAGGGAAAAUUGAGAGUAUCAAGUUAAAUAGAUACUAUGAAAGCAAUAAGGUUGUAUAUUAUAACAGCCCAUUUACAGUUCAAGGCACUUGCCAGGGGAUAUCAGCCGGGGACGUCACUGUUGCUUUGAAAGUUGGUUCUUGUGCUAACUAUUCAGCACAAGAGACGUUAACAUCCUGGGGAACAAAGACUUCACUUAUGAUAGAAGAAACAUUUCACGGUUAAUAGAACCCCAUUGUAACUUUCCACGCAACCCGGACAAAAUGGAAUGGCCAGUUUACUAGAAUAAAUAGUCACCACAUGUAGAACUAAACAGGCUGUUGUGAAAAUGCUGAUUUAUUAAACUGAAAAUGAACUAGGUUCGGCGCAUUUGAAUCUAUUUCCUUAUCUGCUUAGAUAAUGUGGAAGUAAACAUUGCCAUGUUAUGAGAUAAUGCUGGCGACACAAAAUUAAUCUGGGCAAAUUGCUUAUCCGAACUGCUGAACAGA